AGUCAAAUUCAAGUGUUCAAGUGAAGCAGUCGAAACAUAAGCAACAGAUUCCGCAGCAGUUAUAUCCAGUUCAGAGAAACAGUAGUUAAUCAGUAAUUAAAGUGUUGAGUGAAUUUCUUAUCGGGUCAGUUGUAAACUAGUGCAAAAAUGUCGCAAUCCGAUAACGUGGCACGUGAGCAAACUGCGGCAAAUGCAGGGCCGGAUGCAUGUCAAGGAUGCCGCGGCCAAUUGCCAAAUGCCACGCCCGUGGAAGUCGAGGACAUGGCCUUGCCGUCGAUGGAGCGUCUCAUUCGAAAGGCCAACAUGGCCCAGAAAAUGCUGAACGAUGUGAUGAAACAGAUCCAGAAGCAGCAGCAGCAGGAAUCUCAACUCUCCAUCAAGGAGACCAAGUCCAAGCACCGCAGCUCCGAUGGAGGUAAACGACGACACAGAGGACGCAAACAUCAUAGUCAUAGUCAUCACACUAGCUCAUCUUCCAGUUCCAGUUCCGACCACAGUGACUGCGAGCUGAUCCUGGCGGAGAAGGAGGGGCACAUGCCGCGGAGAAGACACACGCGAGAUGACCGCAAGCGGGAUCGUUCCCGGUCUCGCGGUCGCUCCCGUGGUCACUCGCGUGGUCGUUCUCAUGGGCGUUCUCGUUCCAGGUCCUACACCGAUUCCCGACGAUCUCGAGCACUACCCCUGGCUCUGCCCGUUCGGAUUUCAGUGUGAGUAUCUGGCUUCAUUCAGUAUUAUUCAAUAUUCAUUUUAUAUAUUAAGUGCGCAUAAAAAAACC